AUGCAGUAAUGACUGCAGAAAGAACUGUUGGCUUCAGAAAAUAGCCCACCUCCUGGGGUGACUUUAAAUGAAAAGAUUAUUCAAAAUUCAAUUACACAGUGGGUUGUAGACAUGGAAGGCGCACCAAGUACCUUAUAUGAAGGUGAAAAAUUUCAACUUCUAUUUAGGUUUAGUAGUCAAUAUCCUUUUGACUCUCCUCAGGUCAUGUUUACUGGUAAAAAUGUCCCCAUUCCUCCUCAUGGUUAUAACGCUGGUCAUAUCUGUUUAUUCAUUCUAACAGAAGAUGGGUCCCCAGUGCUCUCAGUCCAAUCAGUUCAUCUUAGCAUUAAUAGCAUGCUUUCUGUCUGCACAGAAAAGAGAUGGCCAACAGAUCAUUCUUUUUAUGUACAAACAUGGAACAAGAAUCCAAAGAAAACAACAAGGUGGUAUAGUGAUGAUACUUGUUGA